UAUCUAAAACAUUUUGUUUGCAAUACAAAAUGUACUAAAGAAAAGCCUUGUUUAUUGUUGCUUGACAAUCACGAAACUCAUCUUAGUAUUGAAGGAUUAGAUUUGGCAAAAAAUAAUGGAAUAGUAAUGCUUACCUUCCCACCACAUUGCACACAUAAGUUGCAGCCCUCUCAAAAACUACAUAAAUACUGCUAUGACAUCAUGGUUAGUAAUGAAUCCUGGAAAAACUGUUACAAUAUAUGAUAUUCCAAAAAUAGUAAACAUUGCAUUUCCAAAGGCUGUAUCUCCCCACAAUAUUUUAAGUGGUUUUUCUGCAACAGGUAUUUACCCGUUAAAUCCUGAUGUGUUUACUGAAAAUGAUUACCGUCCUAACUAUGUAACUGAUUGCCCUGACCCACCUUGUUCACAGGCUGAUUCAAAUAAAAAAGACUGUGAAUCUUAUUCAAUGCAACCAGAACCAUCAAAUAAAAGAUUUAAAGAAUCUAUUCAGAUACCAGAUAAUCAGGUAGACAUAACAAUAGAAGAUCCAGUUGUAUCAAAUAAAACCUCUAAUCAGAACCCAAUCACAACAUUAGGUUUUAACAAUUCAAUCAUACCACCUGAGAGUAAUAGGCCUCUGCCUAAAGCAGGCCCGAGGUUAGCAUCAAAAAGAGGUAGGAAAAAGCGGUCAACUAUGACUCUUACUAACACACUUCCAAUUAGAAACGAAAAUAUGGCCUCAUUAGUUUUUAACUGCAUUUUUCCAAGCGAAUCUUCAACAAUUAACAGGAAAAAAAAUUAUAAUCGUGAUUCAGGAUGUUCAAACUGUUAA